ACCACAAGAGUCAAUAAUGGAUCUUAUCAUCCUUCUCAUCGGCAUCCUUGCUCUUUCUUGCAAACCAAUUACCAUAAUAUCCGGAUCUGUGACAAACCAUAGAUAUUCAACUACAAACUCUUACACCAACGUUGCUCUUUCUGCACGAAAAGUUGUAUUUCCUCCUCCCACACAGCUAGGAAAAUACACGAGCACAGAUAAUUCUAAUGACGAUGACUUGAUCUGCAAAACUUGCAAGAGACUAUCAGGACAUCGUACAUGUUGUUUCAACUACUUUUGUGUUGAUUUGUUCACCAACAGGUUCAACUGUGGCUCCUGUGGCCUCGUCUGUAUCGUUGGAACAAGAUGCUGCGGUGGGAUCUGUGUGGACAUUAAGAAAGACAACGGAAAUUGUGGCAAGUGUUAUAAUGUAUGCUCUCCUGGUCAGAACUGUUCAUUUGGCCUUUGUGUCUAUGCCUAAUUAACUGUAUUUCUCUAUCUCUAGCAAUAACCAAUUCCCCCGUCCCCCGGGUGAAAUGUUACAUCUUGUUCAAGUUUUCUAGUUAGAUAACUAAUUU